UUGGGGUGCUGCGGGUCCAUGAGGACGGUGUUGCUAAGGAUUUGGGGCGCUGGGCCCCGAGGGGCCCGGGCUGUCCCCCCAAACCGGUCCCCCCCAAACCCCCCAGUAUCGAACUGGUGGGCGGGGGGCGUGGCCGGUAGUAGCCGCGUGGCCACGCCCCCUGCAGCCAUUGGCUGCCGCCCCCCCGCCCUUCCCACGCCGAUUCAUGAAUGAAAGGGGAGGGGGCGGAGGGGGGGCGCGUUCACCCCUUCGGGGCCGGGCCCGGGGGGGUCCCCGCGGGGCUGCGGGACCCCCGAACCCCCUCCGGCGCCGUGCCCCACCCUGGGGGGGUUCCCACAGCCCCCUCCCCUCCACCCGGCCGCGUCCCACCCUGGGGCGCGCGCCCUCCCAGCGCCGUACUGGUGCGUACUGGGAGCGGCUGCUGCGCCUUUAAGAGCGGGCGUGGCCGGUGACGUCAGCGGGGCAUGAAUGAACAGGAGCGGGCGCGCGGCCCCGCACCCCACUCCCCCCGCACUCCCCGCGGGGCCGCCGCUCGUGGGGCGCGCCCGGGACCCCCAAAACCGCCCCGCCAUGGCGGGCACCCCCCCGGGCCUCACCCUCCUCCUCCUCACCGCCCUCAGCCCCCUGGCCGCCGAGGAAGGUGAGUCCCCCACUUUUUUUUGGGGGGGGGGGGAGUACCCCGAAACUCCUUUAUUGCGGGCACCCCCAAGGGCGGGGUGGUUUUGGGGUAAAUUCGGGUGGUUUGGGGGGAGCUGAGGAGUCGGGGAGCGCUCCGAGGGUAAAGGGUGAUGUGGGUUCCCCCUUCCCCCCGCACAGUUUGGGGUGCGGUGGGCAAUCCGCAGGUGCCGGAGCGCGUUUGGCGGGGGGGGGGGAAGGUUAAAAUCAGGGGAAAAGUCGAAAUGAGGGCGGAGAAGUUUAAAUUAAAAGGGGAAAAGUUCAAUAAAGGGCGAAAGUUAAAGCAAUGGGGGGCAGUUAAAAAUGGGGGGACAAAUAGAAUAGAGGAGAAAGAAAUUUAUGUUGGGAGAAAAAAAGCUAAAAUGAGGCAAAACCCAAGAGUUGGGGCAACUUUUCCCAUGCCGAGCGUCCAACCGAUGUGCCGGGGCCGGGUCCUGCUGGGAGCCCCCAAAAGAGGCAGGCACAGGGGUGAAGUGGUGCUGCUGGACUUCGCCAAGGCACAUGGGGAGCUGGGCUGGCUCACCCAUCCCUACGGAAAAGGGUGGGAUCAGCUGCAGAACGUCCUCAACGACUCCCUGAUCUACAUCUACUCCGUGUGCAACGUCCUGGAGGGCGAGCAGGAGAACUGGCUCCGCACCAACUGGAUCUACCGCGGCGUGGCCCAGCGCAUCUUCAUCGAGCUGCAGUUCACCGUGCGCGACUGCAACAGCUUCCCCACGGCCGGCGGCGGCUCCUGCAAGGAGACCUUCAACCUCUACUACGCCGAGUCCGACGUGGAUUACGGCACCAACUUCCAGAAGCGGCAGUUCAGGAAGAUCGACACCAUCGCUCCGGAUGAGAUCACCGUGCAGGAGGAUUUCGCCGCCCGCAACGUGAAGCUCAACGUGGAGGUGCGGUCGGUGGGGCCGCUCCGCAGGAAGGGUUUCUACCUGGCCUUCCAGGACCUGGGCGCCUGCGUGGCGCUGCUCUCCGUGCGCGUCUACUACAAGCGCUGCCCGGCCGUGGUGCGGGGCAUGGCGCGCUUCCCGGAGACCGUGGCCGGCGCCGACUCGCAGACCUUGGCCGAGGUGCGGGGCGCGUGCGUGGCCGAGGCGGUGGCCGAGCAGGCGCCGGCCCUGCACUGCAACGCCGACGGCGAGUGGCUCGUGCCCAUCGGGGAGUGCCUGUGCCGGGCCGGCUUCCAGAGCCUGGGAGACACCUGCCAAGCUUGUCCCCCUGGCACCUUCAAGGCCACAGUGUCCUCAGGGGGCUGCCAGCCCUGUCCUCCCCACACUCUGCCCGCCCCGGCCGCCGCCGCCGCCUGCCCGUGUGAGGAUGGAUUUUUCCGGGCCCCUGAGGACCCCCCGGAGCAUCCCUGCACCCGUCCCCCCUCGCCCCCCCAGGCUGUCACAGCCCUGGGGUUGGGGGCCACGGUGCAGCUGCGCUGGGCCCCCCCGGCCGACCCUGGUGGCCGCGAGGAUGUCACCUACAGCGUCACCUGCGAGCAGUGCUGGCCCGAGAGCGGCGAGUGCCGUCCCUGUGACGGGGGGGUCCGGUUCUCACAGCCUCCCCGGGGGCUCACGGGGACAGAGGUCACUGUCACCGACCUGGAGCCACACGUCAACUACACCUUCACCGUGGAGGCCCGCAACGGGGUGUCCCCCUCCAGCCACCAGCGCAGCGUGGCCAGCGCCACCAUCAGCGUCAACCAGACGGAGCCCCCCCGGGUGACAUCAGUGAGCCUGGAUGGACGGACGGCCACCAGCCUUGUCCUGUCCUGGACGGUGCCACUGCGGCAGCAGAGUCGGGUCUGGAAGUAUGAGGUCACCUACAGCAAGAAGGUGGAUGAGAACAGCUACUCGGUGCUGCGCUGCGAGGGCACCUCUGUCACCCUGCCCAAACUGUCCCCAGGCACCGCCUACGUGGUUCGGGUCCAGGCUCUCACCGCCGACGGCCACGGGGCCUUCAGCCCCCAGCACGAGUUCGAGACCCUGCCCGAGGGUUCCGAGGCCAUGGCAUCGACCACCGUCAUCGCUGGCAGCAUCGCUGGCGUCGUCUUUGUCGUCGUCCUCUUGGCCACUCUCCUCUACAUCCUCCGGCGGAGGAGGAGGUCACGGCCGCGGCAAUCCGCUGAGGACGUCUACUUCUCCAAGUCAGACCAGCUGAAGCCCCUCAAGACCUACGUUGACCCCCACACUUACGAAGACCCCAACCAAGCCAUGCUCAAGUUCACCACCGAGAUCCCUCCAUCCUUCAUCACCCGCCAGAAGGUCAUCGGCGCCGGUGAAUUUGGGGAGGUGUACAAGGGCACCCUGAAGCGCGGCAGGAAGGAGGUGCCAGUGGCCAUCAAGACGUUGAAGGUGGGGUACACGGAGAAGCAGCGCGUGGACUUCCUGAGCGAGGCCACCAUCAUGGGACAGUUCUGCCACCACAACAUCAUCCGCCUCGAGGGCGUUGUCUCCAAGUACAAGCCCUUCAUGAUCAUCACGGAGUACAUGGAGAACGGGGCGCUGGAUAAAUUCCUGAGGGAGAAAGAAGGCGAAUUUGGCAUCAUCCAGCUGGUGGGGAUGUUGAGGGGCAUCGCCGCCGGCAUGAAGUACUUGGCCAACAUGAAUUACGUCCAUCGGGACCUGGCUGCCAGGAACAUCCUGGUGAACAGCAAUCUGGUGUGCAAAGUGUCCGAUUUCGGGCUCUCGAGGGUGCUGGAAGAUGACCCUGAAGCCACCUACACCACCAGUGGUGGGAAGAUCCCGAUCCGUUGGACAGCACCCGAAGCCAUCUCCUACCGCAAGUUCACCUCUGCCAGCGACGUCUGGAGCUACGGCAUCGUCAUGUGGGAGGUGAUGUCCUACGGCGAGCGGCCCUACUGGGAGCUCUCCAACCACGAGGUGAUGAAGGCCAUCAACGAGGGCUUCCGCCUCCCCGCGCCGCUGGACUGUCCCUCGGCCAUCUACCAGCUGAUGAUGCAGUGCUGGCAGCAGGAGCGCUGCCGGCGCCCCAAAUUCCCUGACAUCGUCAGCAUCCUCGACAAACUCAUCCGCGCCCCCGAGUCCCUCAAGGCACUGGCAGAUUUCGACCCUCGGGUGUCCAUCCGGCUGCCCAGCACCAGCGGCUCCGAGGGCGUCCCGUUCCGCUCGGUCCCGGAGUGGCUGGAGUCCAUCCGCAUGCCGCAGUACACCGAGACCUUCAUGGCCUCGGGCUACAGCACCAUCGAGAAGGUCCUGCAGAUGACCAGCGAGGACAUCAAGCGGAUCGGGGUGCGGCUGCCGGGCCACCAGAAGCGCAUCGCCUACAGCCUGCUGGGGCUGCAGGAGCAGGCGGGGGCCGGGGGGGCCCCGGGCUGAGCCCAAACCCCCGGAACGCCACGUGAACCCCCCCUCCUCCCCGAGGGGUUUAUUUAUUAUUUCUGUAAUUAUUAAGGGUUUUUUUAUAGUGUUAUUGAUAUUGUCCCCGUGCUUGGGGAUGAAACGGGUGCUGCCCCUUCCCUCCCCCCUAAAAAAAUGAAAUUUCAAGCUUGUUUGGAACUGGGGGAGGGAUUUUUCUUCUUAUUUUUCCCCCACAUUUCAAGAAAAAAAGGGCUCAGUCCCAAAACUGAUUUAUUUUUGCUUUUUUCUCCCUAUUUAUUCCUCUCCCACCGGGUUUUUGGGUGGUUUUUUUGUCCUUUAUCGCUGAUCUGCCAGUGUUGCCUUGUAUUUUUUAACCUAAUUUAUUCUAUUUUUGUAUAUUUAUUGUGAGGAAUUAAAGGUCGUGUCAGGUUUGGGAGAGAUAAAAAGGGGGAAAUAAAAAAACCUCAGCUCUGA